CACCAGUCAGACUGUUGAACAGUGAGUGAACAUUGACGGUCUUUCUUUCGCAGCAAACGCAAGUGUUGCGGCAACAGACUGGUGUUUCCCCAAGCAGUGAGGGCAGAGGGGAACUGUGGAGAGGAUUGAAACCAAUGUCCCUUGAGAAAAUAACAUUAUAGUCUCCAAACAUGACUUCAGUUUGGAAGAGACUUCAGCGUGUCGGCAAGAAAGCCUCGAAAUUCCAGUUUGCGGCGACUUUUCAAGAACUGACGGUAGAAUGCACGAAGAAAUGGCAACCAGACAAACUGAGAGUGGUAUGGACCAGGAGAAACAGACGAAACUGCACCAAGCUGCAUGGAUGGCAGCCGGGCAUCAAGAACCCCUACAGGGGCACGGUGGUAUGGCAGGUGCCCGAAAACCUGGACAUCAAUGUCACACUUUUCAAGGAGCCGACUGCAGACGAAUUUGAAGACAAGGACUGGACGUUCAUCAUUGAGAAUGAGACUAACAAGGGCCACAAGAAGGUGCUGGCAUCGGUGGACGUCAACAUGAAGAAGUUUGCCAGCGCCACGCCUGCCCAGUAUGACCUGACGCUGAAGCUCAAGCCUCUGUCGGUGAAGGUGGUGGAGGCCACGCUCAAACUGACCUUGACCUGCGUCUUCCUCAAAGAGGGCAAGGCCACAGAUGAGGACAUGCAGAGUCUGGCCAGUCUGAUGAGCCUGAAGCAGAGUGACAUCGGCAACCUGGAUGACUUCAACGAUAGUGACGAGGAAGAGGGCGGAAGAAGAGCCAGCAUCGGAGCUAGCAUGGGAGCCGCAACUCCCGUCACAGCCUCCACAAGAAGAAUACGUGAUCAGGCAUGGAGACCUGUGAUUGACCCAGAGGCCACAGCUGCCAGUAAGAUGGAUUGGAGUAGCUCAUCUGGCACUGUGUCUACCAUCUCACUUCUGUCACGCCCCCCUCUGCCCGUACCCCUCGACCCCUCCGCCCUGCCUCCCGCCCCUGCCGCCCACUCCCGACUCACCACUGGCCCUGCGGGCACCGCUCAGCAGCCACGACCCUCCCCCUAUGCCUACCAAGUGCCAGCCUUUGUCCGCGCCCACCCACCUGCACUGCCCAAAAUCUUCCAGCCCGCUGCUGGCUCAGUGCCCAUAUCUGUAGGCCGGAGGCCCUGUGGCUUCCAGACUGACCCGGCCCUUGACCCUGCCAGUCUUGCUGAGGGCCGUGUGGCCCCUGGUCUCCCCACCUUCUCUCCAUCAAGACCCCUCUCAGCCUCCUUCACUGGGCCUUCCUCCACUUCCACCUCUCCUCUCUCCUCUUCACCCUCUGCCCCAUCUGUCUUUCCACCUCCCUCUUUCUCUGAUAUUCCACAGACAGCCACCUAUGCUGCUGCUCGCACCAGUGCUUGGAGACCCCAGAGCGUCCCUUCCUUCUCAUCCUCCUCCUUCUCUUCCACCACUAUCGGCACCUCCCCUCCUACUUCCCAGCCCCUUCCUGUCCCCUGUCGGCCCAAAGCAUACAUCACCUCCCUGGCAGAGCCGGGCUCUGCCCUCACUAGGCCUACCAGCCUGCCCUCAGCCCCUGAGACAGUACCCUGGCAGAGUGAAUGGAGACCGCCCAAAUCCCAGGCCCCUCUGGCCCAGCCAGCCCUCUCCCCCAAAUUUCUGCACCCCUCUCCCCCUGACCCAGUGGAGCCUGUGACCCUAGAGCAGACAAAGCGGACCAUGGAGACACCAUGUAAUCCUGCUUUCUCUCAGCUUGAUUCCUACAUGUCAUUCUCCCUUGAUGUGUCCCACUCUUCCAUGUUGCAGUCUCCGCUCCCCUUACCUCCCCCUGUGCUAGCCUCAUCUCCUGCAUCCUCCUCUCUUCCCACCCCUGAUUACGCAUCUGACCCAAUUGGAGCACCUUACCGCACUCUUGUGUCCUCAUCCCCCCCCCUCGUAACCUCUGGCUCUGAUGUUCCUGUCCUCACCCCUGCUUCUGCGCUGGCCAUCGUCUCUGAUUCUUCCUCAUCCACUCCUAUUGAUGUUAACCCUACUCCCAUUACCUCUGAUGACCCAGCCCUUGCCCCAACCGCCACCCCUGACCCUUCCCUAUCCUCUACCCCUGAUCUUUCCUCUGAUCCCACUGUUCCCACCCCUGGGCUUCUUACUGCGUCCGACUACACCGCUGCCCAAUGUUAUGACCCUGCUCCUGGUCCCUCCCCUCAUGCUAUCGGCGCUUCUCCGUGUGAUGCAGAUCCUGCUUCUGCCACUGUCUCCCAGUCAGUCCCCCCUGCUGCGCUCCAGACUGCAGAAUGGAUGCACCAGGUGGUUCCCACCAUGGUCCACCCCAAUUUGAAGAGGCUGGUCUCCCCUCCUCUGGAGUUCCCCCACACACCCUCUCUUCUCACCCCCUAUCCUGUUCCUUCUCCUGUGCUCUCUGCUGGCUCUCAGACUCAAGUCCGCACUGCCCCCCUCCCAGCACCAGUCACUACUCCCCAAGAGAUAGAGUUUCAGAGGCAGUUGAGCACUCUGACAGAGGAAGAAUACACCACUGCCACAACUCCCACCCGCACUGCUGGAAUGAUCAGUAUUGCCAAUCAGAGGCCAGACCCAUCAACAUCCUCACUUGACCCAUUGGCUAAGCCCUUUGAGACAAGAGCUUAUGCGAGAAGAUGGGGCGCAGACUCAAUGUUUGGAAUGGAGGUUGUCCAGGGAACGGCAGGACCUGAGAGCAUGACCCCUCACCUGCCCUUUAGCCCCCGAGCACCCUCUGUUCCGGGGCUCCAAUAUUUUGAGAUGCCAAAACCGAUUGCAAAAUGUCAGGCAGAGGAGAGGUCAAUCAGGGCACUCCCAGUUCCAACACCCCAGCAACCUCUCCCUUUUGCACCCAUGCAAAGGCCUGGCUUACCUGAGCCCACAGUCACAUCCAUGAAGUCACUUGACAGAACGAGGAGUCACUUGAACAAGAUGUCCAUGCAGAUAGGGACACCGUUAGCCAAACCAGAGCCUGAACAGAUUGUGACAGUAACCAGUGGGCAGCAGAGGAUGAUGGCCCCGCCCGCCCACCUCACUGAGUUGCAGACCACACGGCUGUACAGAGUGUCGCAGAGGGGUCUGCCAAAGGAGAAAGACCCAAAGAAAGAGCAGGGGCAGACACUGGUCCCUAAGAAAGAUGCUCCUAAAUAUUCUCCCAAAACAACAAGAGGUUCAAGAUGUUCAAAAGAACAAGGGGUACCCAUGGAUUGGGGAACUAAAAGUAUGGCUGCCUCGCUGCCAUCUUGUCCAAAAGUGUCCAGUUACCCUGGUUUCCCAUCCACAUUGAUUAGGAACAGAUAUAAGGCCCGACCCGAAGAAUGGCCCAUUGAUAAAAGUCCAUUAUGGGAGAAGCCCCUGAAAGGAACACCAAUUAUCACCCCUGCCCCUGAAACAUCGGAUGAGGACCAGAAAGUAAUGGAAAGUAUGGCUGCCAUGUUGCCAAGUUGUCCAAGGGUAGCCAGUGUUCCUGGGUUCCCCUCAGCACCACCACCCAAAACAGAAAGACCAGCACCACCACCCAAAACAGAAAGACCAGCAUCACCACCCAAAACAGAAAGACCAGCACCACCACCCAAAACAGAAAGACCAGCAUCACCACCCAAAACAGAAAGACCAGUGCCACCACCCAAAACACAAAUGGAACCAAGUUUGGUGAAUCUAGUGCAAUCUUGCACAAGUGUAUCCAGUGCACCUGGUUUGGCCUCUAGGAAACCAAAGGAGACUGAAGGGGCUGAGGCUGUAGGUUGGAGUGUGGAUAAAAAGCUGAAAUGGGAGAGACCACAUGAUGAGAAGACGGUUAUUGAGCUUUCGUCGUCAAUUGCUUUAGACCAAGUGUAUGGAGACAAAGAAAUGUUGAAACGUAUGGUAGUGCUUGUCCCAUUUUGUCCAAGUGAGAGUACUAUUCCUGGUUUUCAAUCUGUUCCAAGGCCCAAAGCUCAGGUUGUGCCAAGCAUGGUUAACAUAAUGCCAACUUGCCCAAGUGUAUCUAGAGUUCCUGGACUGCCAACCAUAGACCCGGCAAAGACAGUAGACUGGCCAGUAGAUACAAAGGCUCUGUUUAAUAAGUUACCUAAAGUAGUAGAAUUAUUGAUGGUCCGUUUAGAGGAUGUUGGCACAGUUUAUAAUGAUAGUGAAAAGGUCAAGAAAAUGGUGGAUCUUAAACCAUCCUGCCCCAAAACAGCCAGUAUUCCUGGCUUCCCAUCUGAAACAAUGCAAGAGCCUACUAAAUUGCCCAAUGUUGGGACAAGAAAGUUUUCUGAAUCUGAACUGAAUAUGGUUAACCUUCUGCCUACAUGCCCUUUAAUGGCCAGAGUUUCUGGUUUACCCUCUAAACUGCCAAUUAAGUCAGAUAAUGUUGACUGGCAUGCUAACAGUAGGCCUAUUUUGGAGAGACCAUUGAAGAACAGAGCACUUUCUGUAGAGCAGGAAAUGCAACAAAAGGACAAAGAACUUACCAAAAAUAUGGUAGAUAUGUUACCAUCUUGCCCGAAUAAGGCCAGGAUUCCAGGUUUACCCUCUGCAUCUAGGCAGAAGCUAGUAGGCACACCAAGUAUGACCAGUCUUCUGUCUACAUGCCCUAGACUUUCUAUGGUUUCUGGUUUACCCUCCAAACAGCCAAUCAGUUCUAGAGAUGCUGAUUGGCUUGUGGACAGAAAGCCACUGUGGGAAAAGCCAUUGAGGAAAAUGGAUGUGAUGAUUCAACCAAUUUCUUCAGCUCUUACCAUUGCAUAUAAAGACAAAAUGAUGUUGAAAUAUAUGGUAGCCAUGUUACCAUCGUGCCCAAGGAAGGCCAGUAUUCCUGGCUUUCCUUCAAAACUGAAGCAGAGGCUAGGAUCCCCAAGAAUGAUCAUGAAGUAUGAUCUUCUUCCUACUUGCCCUAAACUUUCCAGAGUUUCUGGUUUACCCUCUAGACAUCCAACUGAGUCAGAACCUGACUACUGGCAUGCUAUCAGACGGCCAAUAAUAGAAAAGCCAUUGAGGAAAACAGUUGAGCUGAUCCCUUCACUUUCUGUAGCACAUGCAACGUCAUAUGAGCACAAUGAACUUGUGGUUCCUCUCUUACCAUCUUGCCUGGAAAAGGCUGGUGUAGCUGGUGUAGAAUCUAUGCCAAGUCAAGAGUCAAAUAUCCUCAGUCUUCAUCCUACUUGCCAUAAACUUCCCAGAGUACCUGGUUUACCCUCUAGACUUCCAAACAAUUCAGAUGAUAUUGACUGGAAAGUGGACUGCAGUCCACUGUGGGAGAAGCCAUUGAAGAAAAGAGAAGGACCUUUUUUACAAGAUCAGGAAAUGGCAUUCAAAGACACUGAAAUUCUGAAAGACAUGGUAGCCAUGUUGACAACUUGCCCAAGGAAGGCUAGUAUUCCUGGCUUCCCAUCUGCACCAAGGCAAGAGCCAAGUAUGGUUAACAUAAUGCUUACUUGUUCAAGGGUAUCUAAAGUUCCUGGAUUGGCAAUUAUAGAACAGACACAAAUAGUAGAAUUACCAGUUGACAAAAAGUCACUGUCACCCAGAGAAUGGCCUGAUGAAUCAAUGUUCCAUUUGGAGAAUGAUGGCAGAGUUGAUCAUAAUAGUGAAGUGGUCACAAACAUGGCAUCUCUGAAACCAUCCUGCCCAAACGCAGCCAGUAUUCCUGGCAUCGCCUCAGCAUUAAGGCAUGAACCAAGCAUGGUUAACCUUCUGCCUACUUGCCCUAGAUUGGCCAGAAUUUCUGGUUUACCCUCCAAACACCCAACAAUGUCUAGACAUGAAAAUUGGAUUGUGGACAGAAUGCCAAUCUGGGAGAAGACAUUGAGGGAAUUGGAUGUAACGAUUCAACAAAUUUAUCCAGCUCAUGAAACAUAUAUGGUAAAACAUAUGGUAGCUAUGAUACCAUCUUGCCCCAGGAAGGCCAGUAUUCCUGGCUUCCCUUCUGCACCAACGCAGGAGCCGAAUAUGGUUAACCUUCUGCCUACUUGCCCUAGACUGGCUAGAAUUUCUGGUUUACCCUCCAAACAGCCAAAUAAGUCUGCAAAUGUUGAGUGGCAUGCUAACAGCAGGCCACUCUUGGAGAGACCAUUGAGGAAGAGAACAGCAUGUCUAAUGCAGGAAAUGCCACACAAGGACAAUGAGCUAAUGAAAAAUAUGGUGGCCAUAUUACCAUCUUGCCCAAGGAAGGCUAGUGUCCCUGGCUUUCCAUCUGCACCAAGGCAAGAGCCAAGUAUGGUUAACAUAAUGCCAAAUUGUCCAAGGGUAUCUAGCGUUCCUGGAUUGGCAGCUAUCGAACAGACACAAACAGUAGAGUGGCCAGUUGAUAAAGAGUUACUGUUGCCAUCUAGAGAAAGGCCAGAAGAAUCAAUGUUCCAUUUGGACGAUAUUGACACAGUCUAUCAUGAUACGGAAAUUGUGGAAAAUAUGGUAGCUUUGUCACCAUCCUGCCCCUGGAAGACCAGUAUACCUGGCUUCCCCUCUGCACCACAGUCGAAGCUAGAAGACACACCAAGUAUGAUCAGUCUUCUGACUACUUGCCCUAAACUUUCUAAGGUUUCUGGUUUACCCUCUAUAGAGCGAAUCAGGUCUAGAGAUGAAUAUUGGCUUGUGGACAGAGUGCCACUAUGGGAGAAGCCGUUGAGGGAAAGGGGUGUGCCAAUUCUAGAAAUUUCUCCAGCUCAUGAUAGAGACAAAGAUCUGAAACACAUGGUAGCUAUGGUACCAUCUUGCCCCAGGAGAACCAGUGUACCUGGCUUCCCUUCUGCACCAAGGCAGAGAUCAGUAGAAACCCCAAGUAUGGUGAAUCUUGUGCCUACUUGCCCAAAGGUAUCGACUGUUUCUGGAUUGCCAGCUUUGGAUCUGAAUCAGGCACCAGAUUGGUCAGUAGAUAAAGAUUAUUUGAACAUUUCACCAAGAAAAAGGUCAGGAUUAUUAGAUAAUGUUGGCACAGUCUAUAAUGAUAGUGAAAUGGCCAGCACCAUGCUUGCUCUUACACCAUCCUGCCCAAGAGCAGCCAGUAUUCCUGGCUUCCCCUCUGCACCAAGGCAAGAGCCAAUUAUGAUGAACCUUCUGCCUACUUGUCCUAGAUUUUCCAGAGUUUUUGGUUUACCUUCUAGACAUCUGCCAAAGUCUGAAAAUGUUGUCUGGCAUGCUAACUGGAUAACACUUUUGGAGAAGCCAUUUAAGAAAAUAACAGUUUCUUUGGUACAGGCAAUGCCACAUGACAACAAAGACGUUACACAUAACAUGGUAGAUAUGUUACCAUCUUGCCCGAAGAAGGCCAGGAUUCCUGGUUUUCCCUCUGCACCACAUCCCAAAGCUGAGGUAGAUCUUAGUAUGUUGAGUCUUGUUCCUGCUUGCCCAAAAGUUUCCAGUCUCCCGGGUUUCGCAUCCAUUGAAGGGCCUACAACAUUAGAGUGGCUUGUUGACCCCAAGUCUAUGUUUGAAUACUUGCAAAAGAAGGAAAAGGAAGAAGACAUUUUUCCAAAAGACCGACCAAAAGAAGACACUGAAAAAAUGAAAGCAAUGGUUGCUUUGGUGCCAUGUUGCCCAGUAGAAUCCAUGAUUCCUGGUUUCCCUUCUGCACCACGCAAAAAGGCUGAGGAGACACCAAGUAUGAUGCAUAUUGUUCCCUCCUGCCCUAAAACUUCUAGUCUCCCAGGUUUUCCAUCCAUUGAGGGGAAUAGGGAAACAGGGUGGGUAGUUGAUGAGAGGCCAUUUUACAAGAGACCACCAAAGGAGAGGAAAGUAAUUUUUGACAGCUCAAAAGCAGACAAAGAGGAAAUGAAAAUCAACAUUCAUUUGAGGCAAUCAUGCCCUCAUGCUGCUCGGAUCCCUGGCUUCCCAUCUGCACCACAACCCAGUAGGUUGAGUCUUGUUCCCACGUUCCCUAACGUUUCCAACCUACCGGGUCUCGCAUCCACUGAGGGGGGUACAACGUUAGAGUGGUUUGUUGACCCCAAGCCUAUGUUUGACCACUUGCAGAAGAAGGAAGACGUUUUUCCAAAAGACGGAUCAAAGCAAGACAUUGACAAAAUGAAAGCAAUGUUUGCUUUGAUGCCAUCUUGUCCUGAAGCAUCUGUGAAUCCAGGCUUCCCCUCUGUACCGGCGAAUAAGUUUGCAGACACACCAAGCAUGAUCAGUCUUCUGCAGACUUGUCCUAAAGUUUCUAAAGUUUCUGGCUUACCUUCGAGACUUCCUAUCAAUUCAGAUAAAGAUGGCUGGUGUGUAGACAAGAGGCCACUGUGGGAGAGGCCAUUAAAUAAUAGAGGCACACUAUCCUUUUGUCCCGUGCAAACAUUAUCAUUCAAAGAGAGAGCGAUGAUUACAAUUAUGGUGUCUAUGUUACCACCUUGCCCAAUAAAAGCCACCAUUCCAGGCUUUCCCUCAUCGUCACGGCACAAGUCGGAUAGGGCUCAUAUUAGGGUGAUCCCAAGCAUGGUAUGUCUAUGGCCUACCUGCCCGAAAUAUUCAAGGGCUUCAGGUUUCCCCUCAAGACGUCCAUCCAAGGCAGGACAUGAUGGCUGGCAUGUUGACAGGGAGACAUUUUGGGUUAAAUCGCUGAGGAAAGGAGAGGGGCUUAAUCUCCAGCUUUCUCCAGUUGAGGAUAUGUCAUUCAGAGACAGAGAAAUAAUGACAAGUAUGGUACCAUCAUGCCCAGCCAAAGCCACCCUUCCUGGCUUCCCAUCGGCUCCACAAGCCAAAGCCUCUCACGUUGAAGUAGAAAAAGAGCCAUGCAUGACUUCCCUUUUCCCAUCUUGUCCGGAAGUGUCUCGUAUCAUUGGUUUUCCUUCAAGACAAUUGAUCAUGUUGGAUGAUGGUUAUGUAGAGGGCUGGCCAAUGGUCAAGGGUGUAGUCUGGGAGAAAUCACCAACGAGGGUUGCUAAUACUCUAGAAUGCUCUCCAUUUGAGGGAGACUGUUGUUACAGAGACAAAGUCAUGAUAAAGGCAAUGUUAUCUCUUAUACCAUCAUGUCCAUGUGUUGCUUUGAAUCCAGGUUUCCCAUCUCUUCAGAUUUGUCCAUCUGAGGAAAUGUCAUUUAGAGACAGAGAAAUAUUGACAAGUAUUGUGCUGUCAUGCCCAGCAAAAGCCACCCUUACUAACUUCCCAUCGGGUCCACGAGCAAAAGAGGCUCAUGUUGAAGCCGAGAAAAAGCCAUGCAUGACUAGUCUUUCCCCAUCUUGCCCGGAAGUUUCUAGUAUAAUUGGUUUCCCUUCAAGACAGUCAGUCAUGUCUGAUCACGCUUAUGUAGAGGGCUGGCCGACAUUCAAGAGUGUACUCUGGGAGACACCACCAACGAGGGUUGCUAAUACUCUGGAGACUCUGGAAUGCUCUCCAUUUGAGGGAGACUGUUGUUACAGAGACACACGCAUGAAAAAGGCAAUGUUAUCUCUUGUACCAUCCUGCGCAAGUGUUGCUCUAAGUCCGGGCUUUCCAUCUGUGUCACAGCUCAUUGUAGAGAAGCUUCCAAGUAUGGUGAAUAUUGUGCUAUCUUGCCCCAACAUUUCUAAUGUCAUUGGGCUCCCAUCCAUAAAGAUAGAACUAGCAGAGCAGGAUCCAGUUAAGGGUUGGCCAGCUGACCAAAAGCCAUUGUUAGAGAAGCCAGUGAAGGCGAGGCUCUCUGUGACUGUACUUUCAUCCCCAGUUAUAAGUAGAUUAAAAAAUGACAAAGAGUUUGACAGACAUAUGAUGGCCCUGGAGCCAACAUGUCCAGAAGAAGCCAAAAUACCUGGUUUUCCCUCUGCCCCAAGACCCAAGACAAAGCAAUACAUCACUGCUACAGUUAAAUCAUCAUGCUCCAAUGUUGCCAAAGUCUCUGGCUUUCCCUCUUUACAACCAGAGAAAGUAGAUAAGGUUUUAGUAGAGAACUGGGCUGUGGAAGAUGGACCAUUAUGGCAGCAAACACAGAAAGAGAUUCCAGCUAUUGGAGUCAGUAGAGCAGAUGAUGCCAAAGGAAUGGCAGCUAUGUUACUAUCUUGCCCAAAAGACGCUAGUAUACAUGGCUUUCCAUCAGCACCAUGGCCUAUAGAAGAACAAGAGCCAAACAUGCCCAGUCUUUUGUUAACUUGCCCAAUGGUUACACAUGUCCAAGGAAUUCCAUCCACAAAGACGCAAAAUCAAGAGGAUCCUCCAAUUCAUCAGUGUCCUGUGGAGGAGAAGCCAUUUUGGGAAAAGUCACUGAAAGAGAAAACAGUGCAGUCUCUGGCACCCACUCAUGAUGAAUUAGAGAAGGGAAUGGUGUCUAUGUUGGCAUCUUGCCCAAGUGAGGCCAUUGACCCUGGCUUUCCAUCGACACGUUAUCAAAUGCCUCUCGACAGUGAUUCGUCUAUAAAUCAACAGUCAAGUCGAGGUGAAAGGAUGGAAUGGGCAGAGGAGAUAUAUGACUGCAAGGAGGGCCAAACAGAGCUUAGCCACAAACCCAAACGAAUCGAAUCAGUGGUGAAUGAGAACAAACAAGAAUUUAAACAUGGCUCAGUUUUGGAGAGGCUCAAGGAAGAGGGUGUCAUUCAGACCCAAUAUGAGGCGCAAGAAGUGGGCGUUCUAGAAAGAGGACACUUGCACUGCCGAAUGUGGCACUCCAUUCCUACAGACAUGCCAUUGUUCUUGACUGUCAGAGAGAGCCCUUCGUGUCAUUCUCCCACUCAAGGGGGACAGCCAUUACCGUAUGGGAUGGGAGCAGCUGUUGACAAUGAGCCAAAAGAAAUUUCACAUAGCCAGAUGGCGUGUGAGGUUGUGGCACUAGUAGAGUAUCAAGUUGUAGAAGACUUGGACAUGAUAUGUGAGGAAGAAGCGGUAGAGGAAGUCUUAGAGUCAGUCUCUGGAAUAGAGCAUUCUGGGAAGGACGAGGUUACUGUGGCUAGGCAGGUGAAAGUUUAUGAGAUGCGACCUCAAAAUAUGGCUUCAUCAUCACCAAGAGUUGCCAGUGCACCAGGGUUUCCAUCCACUCAAGCGUCCUUUUCAGAGGCUCAAUUGGAAGACUGCCCAGUGGACACGAGCAUAUUAUGGGAGAAACCAACAAAGGACGGUCCACAGCUGGCCAUGGAUAGAUCAAAAGAGGAGAGAGACAUGGUGAGAUUUAUGGCAGAUAUAGUCCCAUCUUGCCCAAGAACUGCCAGCAUUCCAGGCUUUCCGUCUACACAACUGUCCAAAGAAGUCGAGGUAGAGAGGGAACCUAACAUGGCAGAUCUAAUGCCAAGAGUGGCUGGCACACUCAUAUUCCCUUCUCUUGAAAGUCAGGUAGAGGAGUGUACAGUCAACACUGAGGCAAUUUGUGAGAAGACAGUGAAGGGGAAAGAAGGGGUGACCAUUAGGUCCAGUCCACAUUUGGACAGAUUACAAGAAGAGCUAAUGAAACACAUGGUGACUGUGGAGCUAUCGUGCCCUACUGCAGAAAGUAUUCCCGGCUUCCCCUCUGCACCACACCCCAAAGCUGAGGUAGAUCUAAGUAUGUUGAGUCUUGUGCCCACUUGUCCUAAAGUAUCCAGUCUCCCGGGUUUCGCAUCCACUGAGGGGGCUGCAACAUUAGAGUGGCUUGUUGACCCUAAGCAUAUGUUUGAGCACUUGGAGAAAAAGAAGAAGAAAGAAGAAGAAACUGUUUUUCCAAAGGACAGAUCAAAAGAAGACAGUGAAAAAAUGACAGCAAUGGUUCCUUUGAUGCCAUGUUGCCCAAAACCAUGCCUGAUUCCUGGUUUCCCCUCUGCACCACAUCCAGAAGCUGAAGUGGGGACAAGUAGUGUGAAUCUUGUUCCCUCCUGCCCUAAAGUUUCUAGUCUCCCUGGUUUUCCAUCCAUUGAGAAGGAUAGGGAAGCAGGGUGGGUUGUUGAUCAGAGCUCAUUGUUCAAGAUACCAUUAAAGGAUAGGAAAGUCAUUAUUGACAGCUUAAAGGUAGACAAAGAGGAAAUUAAAACCAACUUUUCAAUGCGGCCUUCAUGUCCUGACGCUGCAAGGAUCCCUGGCUUCCCGUCUGCACCACAACCCAAUAUGUUGAGUCUUCCCACUUUCCCUGAAGUUUCCUGUCUCCCUGGUUUCACAUCUACUGAGGGGAUUACAACAUUAGAGUGGCUUGUUGACCCCAAGCCUAUGUUUGAGCACUUGCAGAAGAAUAAGAAAGAAGAAGUUUUUCCAAAAGACAAAUUUAGGAAGGAAGACAUUGAAAAAAUGAAAGCAAAGGUUGCAUUGGUGCCAUGUUGCCCAGAAGCAUCCAUGAUUCCUGGCUUCCCCUCUGUACCGCAACCCCAAGAGAUAUAUUUUGAGCCAACUAUACUCAGCCUUCUUUCAUUGUGUCCAAAAGUCUCCAGUAUUGCAGGUUUCCCAUCUCGUCAGCAAACUGACAGAAAAGAUUGGCACACAGAUCUGCCCCAGGAUCAUCAGCCAUUUUGGGAGAAACAAAUGACGGUGAACCCAGAUUUGAAAAUGGAAAGGUCAGAAAAAGACCAAGCCAAGACGAAAGGAAUGGUGGCUCUGGUACCAUCUUGUCCCAAAGUGGCUCACACUCCUGGUUUCCCAUCUGUAUCACAACCCAAAGAGGUAUAUUAUGGGCCAAGUAUUGUCAGUCUAUCAUGUCCAAAAGUCUCCAGUAUUGCCGGUUUCCCAUCCCGUCAGCAAACUGACAGAAAAGAUUGGCACACAGAUCUGCCCGAGGAUCAUCAGCCAUUAUGGGAGAAGAAAAUGAAGGUGAAGCCUGUUGUUAUAAUGGAAAGAUCAGAAAUAGACAAAGAAAGUAUGAAAGGAAUAGUGGCUCUGGUUCCAUCCUGUCCAAAAAUGUCUCUGGUGCCUGGUUUCCCAUCUGUACCGCAACCCAAAGAGGUCUAUUAUGGGCCAAGUAUGAUCGGUCUAUCAUGUCCAAAAGUCUCCCGUAUUGCCGGUUUCCCAUCCCGUCAGCAAACUGACAGCAAAGAUUGGCACACAGAUCAGCCUGAGGAUCAUCAGCCAUUAUGGGAGAAGCAAAUGAAGAAGAAGAUGAUGUUAUUGAUGGAAAUAUCAGAAAAACAGAAACAAGAUAUGAAAGAAAUGUUGGCUCUGGUACCAUCUUGUCCGAAAGUGGCUCGUAUCCCUGGUUUCCCAUCUGUACCACAACCCAAAGUAGUAUAUUAUGGGCCAAGUAUGAUCGGUCUAUCAUGUCCAAAAAUCUCCAGCAUUGCCGGUUUCCCAUCCCGUCAGCAAACUGACAGCAAAGAUUGGCACACAGAUCUGCCUGAGGAUCAUCAGCCAUUAUGGGAUAAGCAAAUGAAGGUGAAGCCUGUUGUUAUAAUGGAAAGAUCAGAAAUAGACAAAGAAAGUAUGAAAGGAAUAGUGGCUCUGGUUCCAUCCUGUCCAAAAAUGUCUCUGGUGCCUGGUUUCCCAUCUGUACCGCAACCCAAAGAGGUCUAUUAUGGGCCAAGUAUGAUCGGUCUAUCAUGUCCAAAAGUCUCCCGUAUUGCCGGUUUCCCAUCCCGUCAGCAAACUGACAGCAAAGAUUGGCACACAGAUCAGCCUGAGGAUCAUCAGCCAUUAUGGGAGAAGCAAAUGAAGAAGAAGAUGAUGUUAUUGAUGGAAAUAUCAGAAAAACAGAAACAAGAUAUGAAAGAAAUGUUGGCUCUGGUACCAUCUUGUCCGAAAGUGGCUCGUAUCCCUGGUUUCCCAUCUGUACCACAACCCAAAGUAGUAUAUUAUGGGCCAAGUAUUGUCAACCUUCUUCCAUUGUGUCCAAAUGUCUCCAGUAUGGCAGGUUUCCCAUCCUGUCAGCGAACUGACAGCAAAGAUUGGCACACAGAUCUGCCUGAGGAUCAUCAGCCAUUAUGGGAGAAGCAAAUGAAGGUGAAGCCUGUUGUUAUAAUGGAAAGAUCAGAAAUAGACAAAGAAAGUAUGAAAGGAAUAGUGGCUCUGGUUCCAUCCUGUCCAAAAAUGUCUUUGGUGCCUGGUUUCCCAUCUGUACCGCAACCCAAAGAGGUCUAUUAUGGGCCAAGUAUGAUCGGUCUAUCAUGUCCAAAAAUCUCCAGUAUUGCCGGUUUCCCAUCCCGUCAGCAAACUGACAGCAAAGAUUGGCACACAGAUCUGCCUGAGGAUCAUCAGCCAUUAUGGGAGAAGCAAAUGAAGAAGAAGAUGAUGUUAUUGAUGGAAAUAUCAGAAAAACAGAAACAAGAUAUGAAAGAAAUGUUGGCUCUGGUACCAUCUUGUCCGAAAGUGGCUCGUAUCCCUGGUUUCCCAUCUGUACCACAACCCAAAGUAGUAUAUUAUGGGCCAAGUAUGAUCGGUCUAUCAUGUCCAAAAAUCUCCAGCAUUGCCGGUUUCCCAUCCCGUCAGCAAACUGACAGCAAAGAUUGGCACACAGAUCUGCCUGAGGAUCAUCAGCCAUUAUGGGAUAAGCAAAUGAAGGUGAAGCCUGUUGUUAUAAUGGAAAGAUCAGAAAUAGACAAAGAAAGUAUGAAAGGAAUAGUGGCUCUGGUUCCAUCCUGUCCAAAAAUGUCUCUGGUGCCUGGUUUCCCAUCUGUACCGCAACCCAAAGAGGUCUAUUAUGGGCCAAGUAUUGUCAACCUUCUGCCAUUGUGUCCAAAAGUCUCCAGUAUUGCAGGUUUCCCAUCCCGUCAGCGAACUGACAAACAUUAUUGGCACACAGAUCUGCCUGAGGAUCAUCAGCCAUUAUGGGAGAAGCACAUGGAGGUGAAGCCAGUUGUGAUAACGGAAAGAUCAGAAAUAGACAAAGCCAAGAUGAAAGGAAUAGUAUCUCUGGUACCAUCUUGUCCAAAAGUGGCUCGUACCCCUGGUUUCCCAUCUGUACCACAACCCAAAGAGGUAUAUUAUGGACCAAGUAUUAUCUGUCUUUCAUGUCCAAAUGUCUCCAGUAUUGCAGGUUUCCCAUCCAAUCAGCAAACUGAAGGAAAAGAUUGGCACACAGCUCCACCCAAGGAGCAUCAACCAUUAUGGGAGAAGCAAAUGAAGAAGCUGAUUUUAUUAAUGGAAAUAUCAGAAAAAGACAAACAAGAAAUGAAAGGAAUGGUGGAUCUGGUACCAUCAUGCCCUACUGCAGCAAGUAUUCCUGGCUUCCCCUCUGCACCACAUCCCAAAGCUGAGGUAGAUAUAAGUAUGUUGAGUCUUGUGCCCACUUUCGCUAAAGUUUCCAGUCUCCCUGGUUUUGCAUCCACUGAGGGGGCUACAUAUUUAGACCCCAAGCCUAUGUUUGAGCUCUUGAAGAAGAAAGAAGAAAACAUUCUCCCAGAAGAUGGAUCAAAAGAAGACAUUGACAAAACAAGAACAAUGGUUGCUUUGGUGCCAUGUUGCACAGAAGCAGCCGGGAUUCCUAGCUUCCCCUCUGCACCACAACCUAAGAAGGAAGUAAAUAGUGUGGAUUUCACACAAUCGUGCCCCAAAAUCUCCAGUCUACCAGGUUUGCCAACUACGGCCAAAGCCCCGACAGGAAAUUCACAGGUUGAACAGAAGCCUCUGUUUGAGAAGACACUGAAAGAUGAGACCAUAAGAAUCCAAGAUAGGUCCGCAGAAUUCAAAGGAAAUAUGAAAAAUAUAGUGGCACGUGAGAGUCUCACUCCUGGGUUCCUGUCCUUACCACAACCUAAAGCAAUGGAAGAACAAACCAUGUCUGCUCUACACCCAUCUUGUACAAAUGAAUCUACAGUAGCUGGAUUACCUUCUAGACAGGCAAUUGAAUUAGCUCUGGCCCAGGGAGAAGAAUCUGUGAGUUCUAUGCAGCCAUUGUAUGAAAAACCCUUGAAGGAUAGGUCAGAGGAUACUGUACUUUCCAAGCCUGACCUAGGCAGUGCAGUUGGAGAUGAAGGCCUUAAAACUAUGGUUGCACUGGCACCAUCUUGCCCCGAGGCAGCAAGCGUUCCUGGUUUUCCAUCUGUGCCCCCUCACAGUCCAGAGUCUGUAGAGGCACAUGAGACAAGUAUGCAGACAAAGGAGAAAGAGGUUGCUGGAGAACCAGCAGAGUAUGUUCUAGAUAAGGGUGUCCUCAGCAGCCCACAAAUAGAGAAGUCCACACCUGAGGAGAUCCCAAAGCCCUCAGCAGUGUCAGAACCAGAGCUAGUCUUGGGGUGGGAGGUGCUGGAGGCUGAUGGUUCUGUGGCAGAGAAGCCAGAGGAGGCCUCUGGCCUUCUACAGAAUAUUGUUGAUGUCUUCUCCAGAGGUUAUGAAACAGUAGCAGCCAUUUUGGGUCCGUCUGGUUCACCUCCAACAGAAGAUGUAGACAGUGGUGUUGUGGAUCCAGAGGACAGUGCAGUCCCAUCAGAGAGCUCCUCUGAUCCUGUCCCAGAUAUAUCUAUCCUUGUUCAGGAAGCAGUGUCUGGAGAGGCAUCGCAUGUUGAGGGUGAAACCAAUCCUAUAGAGCUCCCAACCACACCUGAGCCAUCCUUGUUGACGGUGGAAGACAAGCAAUCCAACUCUCCAUCGGCAGUGAGACAAAACAGUGAGGAUGGGUUCAUUGGAGUCGAAGGCCCAAGCAGUAUGAGAAAAUGGCCGCCGUUGACGGAGGCUGACCUUACUGAGAUCUCCAGAGGAGAGUUUGCGGUAACUGGGGAAGAAGAGGUUACCCUUGACUCAUGGGCACAAAUAGGGGAGAAGUCAACGUUCAAAGUGCAGGAUGAUGUUGAAGUUUUUUCAGCAAGGUCACCUAUCGAGACAGAAUUAUCACCUUCAUCACACCUGGACAAGGGCCCCCAACACACAAUCACAGAAGAAGCCUCCGGCCCUACCUCACAACCUACUGCAGACAAGUUGCUGGUAGAGGACAAGUCUGAAGAAUAUAUAGUACCCAUACCAGAUAAACCCUCUGAUGAUCAGACUGUCACCCCAGUCACAUCAGUUGAAACACAAUCAGAAGUUGCCCCCCCUCAGAGAGGCAGAAAGAAAAAAAGAUCCCUUCCACGAGAGUCUCAACAAAAAGCAGAUGGCCAAGGAAGUGUGGCUACCCAGGAUGUCGCUGCACAGGUAACAACUAAACUGGUCGCUCCUCAUCGUGUGAAGAAAAAAGAGGGAAGUCUUCCUCCAGAAACUCAACAGGAAGCUGAUGAUCAAGGGAUUGUAUUUAAUGUAGUCCCUUCACAGCCUCUAAGGAGAAAAGACAGCCUCAGUCCAGAGCGCAAACAAAAAUCUGAGAAUGUGUCUGCACAGAAGCCCAUUGAUGUAGUCACUUCCUGCUGUCCGAAGAGAAAAGACAGGUAUCUUCUAGAACCUCUAGAGAAAGCUGAUGGUCAGAAGGGUUUCGCUGCCCAGGCAGCUCCUCAGGUGGUCCCAUCACGGCCUGGCAGUAAAAGAGACCGUAGUCUUUCAACAGAGCCCAAACAGAAAGCUGAGGCCCCUGUCCAGGCGCACACAGAAGUGGUCCCUCCUUGCCGUACUAAGAAAAGAGACCGUAGUCUUCCAGCAGAGUCUCCACACCGACCUUUGAGGAGAAAGGAAAGCUUCACUAAAGACACAUCAACACAGGCAACUAGCCUGGUCCCACCUCCGCGCCCAAGGAGAACCUCUAGAGCCUCCAGUGCAGAACCUUCAGAGAAACUUGGCCAGGGAGCCACUGAACUGAUUCUACCACAGCCAACUCAGAAGGCUGAUGAGCCAGAGAAUUUGAUUGCCCAGGCGGUCACCAAGCUGAUUCCACCUCAGCGCACAGGGAAAGCGUCUUUCUCUACCGAACAUCGACAGAAAGCUGACGAUUUAGAGAGUGCUACUGGUCAGGUCACAACUGUUCCCCUAACACCAGAUCAUGUACCGACAGAGUCGUACACGGACUUUGGUGUGAGAGAGACUGCCCCCCUCUUGAUCAUCAGAAAAAUAGCCCCGCCAAGGCGCAGCAAGAAAACAAAUUCUCCCCCAGUGGAAUCAGGCAAAGCAGAAGAUGUGGUUGUAGAGGCCCUGAAUGCUGCCAACCAGGGGUCUGCAGCACCAUCCCAGAUAGAGGAUAUGAUGAUCGACUCGAUUGAAAAGGUUGAGACUGAGUUGCAGUCUCAGAAAGUCACAGAAAUGGCCACUGAGCCAGUUGAAGAUAAGCCACACUUUGAAGGGGUUGCCGUGAAUUUGACAGUAAUUUAUAGGCCGCUCAUUGACAAUGCAGCUCAGAAGGUAUCGACAGAGGACACUGCGCCAGAAGUAAAGACUGAGGACAAGCAGGAGUACUUACCAGUCCCAAAGCCUCGUGGGAAACGAGACCCGACCCCACCUGUCCAUUUAGAUAGUACCAGACCAAAGACCUGGCAUGACAACGAUUCUACCAGAGAGAGAGGACGUUCACUUGCAGCCUCAGCCUCUGUGCUGGAACCACCUCGACGCAGCAAGAGGAGCAGUAGUCUUCCUCCCGUACCCCCUGGGUGCCAGCCUGCAGCGUCUGGUGAAGUGGUGGUUGCUCCUCUGCGUAGGAGGAGGAGUAGACUAAACAUAGAACAAUCAAGCGUGCCAGUUCCAGUUCCCCGCUCGAAAAAACGCCUCAGUUCCUCUUUCUCCGAUGGAACUCCUUCAAUGGACUCCUCAUUCACUAGGCAGACCGAUUCCCUUGAGGGCUCGUUGUCUCUCUCUCAGGAAGACAAACAAGUCACCAGUCAGGAAGCCACAGAGGGUUCAAUAUCAUUAACCUCAAGCAUGGUCUCCGAAGGGAGCUUUGUCACAAUUCUUCACUCAGAGGAGAUAUCACCAGAAGUUAUUGUCUGUGAAAAGGGACUGGAGGAGAGUGGGGAGAGCUGGACCUUCACAGAUACCGCUAUGGUCACUGUGGCUUUCACAGAUACUGUAAGUGAGGACAUUGAGAGGGGUUCAGAGGCAGAAACUGUCUUUGAGAAGGGACUGGAGGAGAGCAUGGAGAGCUUGACCUUUACAGAUACUGCCAUUGUCACUCAGUCCUUCACAGAAACCCCUAAGUUCUUCGCAGACACUGUUAGUGAGGACAUUGAGAGGGGAUCAGAGGCAGAAGUUCUUGACCAGACCUCUCCAACCACUGCUACACCAGCUGAGGACGACUGGUUACAUGUUAAGGGAGCCAAAGAGACAGAGAAGAUGGAGAUCGAGAGAAAAUACAUGGGGGUUGAAGAGGUGGACUUUGGCUUUGAGUCAGUAGACGUAGCUGCCGGUGGCUUAGAUGAAGAGAGGCAGCAGGAGGCAGCAGAGGAGCCAACAACGCCUGAACGCAGACCUGCAAACUCUCAGGAAAUGGGUCAAGACAGUGCUGCUUCUCCAGAAGGCCUCAUGGCCAGUCCUGGCCUGGUCACUUCCAGCCAGUCACUACUGGAGUGGUGUCAGGAGGCCACCAAAGAACACAAGGGGGUCAAGAUCACUAACUUCAGCACAUCCUGGAGGAACGGCCUGGCCUUCUGUGCCCUUCUACACCACUUCCACCCGGACAGGAUAAACUUUGAGAUGCUGGACCCUUAUGACAUCAAGCGCAACAACAAGAAGGCUUUCGACGGCUUUGCUGAGCUGGGCAUUUCUCGGCUGAUGGAGCCCUCAGACAUGGCCCUCCUGGCCGUCCCUGACCGCCUCAUCGUCAUGACCUACCUCAACCAGAUCCGCACCUACUUCUUGGGCCAGGAGCUGAGCGUGCUGCACAUAGAGGCGGACAGCAGGGAGUCCAGCUACGGCGUGGCCGGGGAGAGCAGGGAGGGCCCCGACCCGGAGGCCGCUGCACGCUACUGUCAACGGAUCCAAGAUGAGACCCUCACAAUGAACACCAAUGGGGGCGCUGCAGAGAAGGAGGCGUAUAGUGACACUAAGGGGGGCACCAAUGGGGACGUGGUCCCGCCCCCUAGAACCAAACGGCUACAGGCUGCAGGGGCAGGAGGAGGGGCCCAGGCCCCCGUCGCACCCCCCAGGACACACUUCUUAUCUGCCAAGUCUGGGUUCUCCCAGCUAAAGGAUGCAGAUCUGGUUAAGAAGCGGCGGUCGCAACGCAGGUCAAUAGACGAGGCAGACACACCCGGGGUUGCUACAGGUCAGGAAGAGGGUGGAGCUACCAGAAGGAAAUCAGAAACAGAAUGGGAAGCUGGUGAAGAAGGACGACCGGCUGAGGAGGGGUGCCAGGACGCCAGCCAGUAUGCACUGAGUGAGAUGAAGGCCCUGGAGACGGAACAGAAGCACAUUGACAGCAGGGCAGACAUAGUGGAAAGGAGACUACGCCGACUGAUGGAGUCAGGUAGUGACAAGAUGCAGGAGGAGAAGCUGAUUCAGGAGUGGUUCACUCUGGUCAACAAGAAGAACGCCCUCAUCAGGAGACAAGACCAACUGCAGCUACUACAAGAAGAGCAGAACCUGGAAACGAGGUUUGAGAUGCUGAACCGAGAACUGAGAGACAUGAUGGCUAUUGAAGAGUGGCAGAAGACAGCGGCCCAUAAGCACAGGGAGCAGCUGCUACUGCAGGAGCUGGUGUCUCUGGUCAACCUGAGGGACGAGCUGGUCCACGACAUGGAUGCCAAGGAGAGAGGGGCUCUGGAGGAGGAUGAGAGGCUGGAGAGAGGCCUGGAGCAGAGACGCAGGAAGUACAGCAAGAAAAGCAAGGAGGAGAAGUGUGUGCUGCAGUGAGGCCUGGCGCCGGACACACCUGAACCAGGCAGCCCUGUGGAAGGUCACCUGGGUGCACUUUGGGACUGAUGCUGUAUGUGUGUGGCUCAUGACAUCAGCACAGCAUGGAAGAGAUUGAGAACAGUGUUAUGUGACUGCACUAAGAGGACGGAAAACGUCCCUCCCCCCACACCCCUCCAUGAUAUGACUGAGCCUCAAUCCAACCUAUGACUGGUUAUCAUCAGUCGCUUUGCCCUUUCAGAUUGUGUUUUGAUUGGAUUGAAGUGUUUUUCUUGUCGCGUCAUUUUCUAUAUGGAUGCAGAGUUUGUGUGUACCUGUGUUUGUGCGUGCGAAUGUGUGCCGCUGAUGCGUGUCAUUGUGAGUGCAAUCUAUUUUGUGUAUUAACGUCGGGUCACAAAGACAUAUCCCUAACUAACCUAUCACCAGAUAGUUGCCUUACUGUAGAAUCUGUUACAGUAGUGUAUUGUUUCAUGGGUUACAUAUAGAAGGUGUUUUCCACUGAAUGGCAUAUUGUGGACGGGACAGGGCUCCAGUUACUAUGUAUAACAAAGACCAACUUUAGGCCCAUGCAGCAGGUGGAUUGAUUCACCCGUCUUCACCUACAGUUACAUGAAGCUGACAGGAGCGGUCUGUGAUUUAUUGCCAAUUACAAUGGAGAGAUGGACGGGAAGUACUCAACUUGUGCCAAACAAAUAUUGCAAAAAAAAAAAAAGGAUCUUUCUUAUUUCUUGCAGUGUGUUGGCUUGCCCUGUGCAGACGGCACACAGCAAACAUCUGUUGUCUUGAUUGUUUAUCGACGUCGAGGAAAGAAGAAAACGGACAUUGUCGACAAGGUCUUGGUAUUGAAGAUGUUAAAUGUUUAACCAGAGUGGGAGAUUGUAGGGAGGAAAGGGAAAAGAACUGUGGAGUCUAUACGGUAGCAAGUUUCGUACCCUACAGCUCGGUGUCUGAAAGAACAAAACCGUUUUAACUUAUCCAAAAUAAUUUAUGGUUUUAUUUAUUGAAUCGGUAUUCAACAGAUAAUCUUACAGAUCCAGCCUGUCAAAUGUGCCUUUUGACCAGACCCAUAGUUUUAAAAAAAUGACUGGAAGUAGGAACUUUGUUCCAGGUCUGGAUAUGUUUAUGCAGUGAGUUUGAGUUCAGUUACUGUUUUGUGACAUUAGCCUUGUAAUGUCUUGUUUCCAUUGAUUGGGUUUUGUUGUUUUAUUAAUUCAAUGAAUUGACGCAGAAGCUGUGGAGUCUGAAAAUGAAAUGAUCUAAAAAUACUAGAGAACAGCAAUAUUCAGAACAUAAAACAUCAGGCAAAUGCAUGUUUUGUAGUAUUACUAUAUAUAGUCUUAUGCACGUUGUUAUGACAGAGGAUGUAAUGUGCAAAAGUGUAUGCAGUAAACAAUUAACCCUAACACGGUCUAAAAAAAAAUACACUUUACUUUUGCAGAAAAAUAUUCUAAGAUUAAAACACCAGCACUUCCUUACAACAGUAUUACGAUCAUUUGGCCAAGAUUGGACCAGAGGUUGAUAUUAGCUUGACCUCUGUGGCGCAACACAACAGAGUAAAAACUAGACUCUGUCCUGAGUGAUUUUGGGAUGCCAUUUGACUGAGAGUGAAAAAAAAAUUGACGGUGAAGUGUUUGAACUUGUGUUCCAGUCUGUGCCUCCUCUACCACCCUGCUGUUAGUUACUGUGGUAAUGUUUACUAUUCCCUGUGUGAGUUUGAGAAAUGUGCUUUUGAGUUUUCUGAAAUAGCUUUUUGGGGAUUUUUUUUGUUUGUUUUAAUGUUACGUACAUUUGCACUAUUUGUAAUGUUUGGAAAAUAAAAGCUAUUUUGGAUGACUCGGAGAAACCA